AUGUUAAACGUAGAUCCAAAUAGUAUAGCAAAAUGUGUUUUAGAUAAAUAUAAUACAGCAAAGAGAUCAGGAAAACCCAAUGAACAUGAAUGGACAGUUUUGUCUGGUAUUGUAUUACAAAAAAAAACAGAAAUAGAUUGUGUCAGUUUAGCCACUGGAAUGAAAUGUCUUUCUAAAGAUCAAGUUUUACUUGCAAACGGACGAAUUUUACAUGAUUGUCAUGCAGAAAUCCUCUGCAUUAGAGCAUUUAACAUGUUUCUUUUGCAAGAAAUGUUCAUAGGAUCUUUUAAAUGGAUCAAACAGCGCGAAAACAAUGAAAAAUCUGAAAAUAUACCACAACAGUGGACUUUACAAGAUAAUGUUAAGAUAUAUUUAUAUAGUACAGUUGCACCAUCAGGUGGCGAUGCCAGUAUGGAACUUGUUACAUCAUCUUUAAGUGAUUCAAAACCAUGGUCAUCUCAAGAUAAAGAAAUAAAAAUACAAAGAGGAAGAAUGUAUUUUUCUCAAGUAAAAGUAGUACGCACAAAACCUGGAAAAAAUAAUUCUAUACCAACAAAUUCAAAGAGUUGCAGCGAUAAACUCCUAUCAAAAGAAAUUUUAUCACUGUUAAACGCAGUUACUAUCCAAUUUUUUUGCCCAAAGAAAUUCUAUAUUGACGCUAUUAUUUUGCCAGAACCACAAAUUGUUGCACCAGCAAUUAAACGUGCAUUUUAUUCUAGAGUCAACAUGCUUCACAACAAAAAAUGGGAGGGCGGAUAUUCAUUCAAACCUUUUUGUGUCUAUCCAACAACACUAGACUUUUGUCAUAAACGGUCCUAUAUACGUACAAAGCCUUGUCCAUUAUCAUUAGUCAUCAUUAAUACGUAUGAACAAGUAUUAUGUCGCGGUAUAAAGCAAGGAGCCAAAUACUUUUCGAAAAACUCACAUAGUAUGAUUUGUAAAUAUGAAAUGCUCAAAGCAUCUCGCUUAAAUGUCUGUCAAUAUAGUGAUCUUAAGAAAAAUGGACUAAUUGCUGAACAACGAAAACAAGUUAAGCAAGAUUUACGAAAUGUGCUUUCAGGAUGGGAAUGCAAUGGUGGAAACAACUUUUCUCUAGAAAGCAGCACCGUUUAG